AUGCGCGCGUCCAUCCUUCUGAUUACUGCCACGGCCGUUGCACUCGAUCUGCCGAAGCCUGCACCUGGGCUUGGCCGCCGCGUGGCCAUCACUGCGCUUGCAUACAGCCUUCCGGGCUUCAUCGCGACCGCCUCCGGCAGCAAGCAGAUCACUGCGGCGACGGCUGACGACGCGGGCGGCAAGGCCAAGUUCAAGCGGCUCAGCCCGAUCCAGUUUAUCGCAGCGCUCGGUGACCCGGCCGCCUCGUCGGGCACUGGUGCGGAGCAGUGGGGACUGUGGCGGGAGGAUCCGGGUCCGCGGGGCGUUUUCCUGCGCGACUACGAGAAGAAGCUGGCGAGCAAGGGCGGGACCGCGCCGGCGGGCUGGCGCGUGGACCCGUCGCGCUUCUAUGUGGAGGAGCACGGCCUGAUCAUGGAGGUCCCCUCCACGCUGCCACUCGCCCGGUACGAGCGCGAGGGCGCCACCAUGAAGCAGACGGCGCCCUACCGCCGGUACGUGGUGACGGGGGACCGCGAGGUCACUUCGGUGCUGACGGUGCACGACGACGGCCGGUGGGAGCUCUCGAAGGGCUCGCUCUACGACGUCACGCACCUUCCCUGCCGCACGGGCGUGUACACUGCGAGCGCGGGCGGAAGCUGCGCGCCGGCGGCCGCGAUGCAGGACAAGUUCCCAGUCAAGCCCGGCGCCAAGAUGCCUACGUUUGACGGUUGCAACACGCAGGACUGGGCGGUGCUCUUUGUAGUGGGCGUGGAGGCCUGA